AUGUCGUUAGAAGAAAUCAAAGAUGUUUUGAAAGAGAAUUUGGAAAAGAGAGGUGUAUUAAACAAGAUACGAGCCAAUUUGAGAGCUGAAAUUUUCAAAUCAUUUGAACAAUCCGAAUGCUCUCAAUCCUCCGAAGAAUUUUUUAUUCGGAAAGAGCAAAACAGGCCUAGGCCCUCCGAAAUGCAAUUUCUGAUCAAUGAAUUAAUCAUUGAAUAUUUGGAAUACAAUCAUUUUGAUUACAGUGCAUCGGUGUUUAAAAAAGAAUGUAAUCAACCUGAGGAACGGUUAGAACAUCGUUUUUUAGCUCAUGAAUUAAAUUUAAGGAAAACCUAUGAAGAAAUUGAGGAAGAAGAGGAAAAUCAAGAGACCAUACCCUUGUUGUUUAAAAUUAUUCACAAAUUGAGAAAUGAAAAUUUAAAUGAAAAGAGAAUGAAUAGCAAAUCAGCCAAUACAACCGUUAAACAAGUUCAAAAAAACAAACUCGAUCCAACAAAACCAAUUUUGCAAAUACAUCCACCACCAACAGAACGAGUUAAUUCUACCGUCAGCAACAAUCAAAAGAAUCAACCAGCAACAUUUGGAAAUGUUCCUCAAAAGCCAAAACCAAAACCAAUACCUUUAAACGAUGAUCUUGAUUCCAGUUCGAUAACAACGAACACUGAUGAUUCCUCAACGAUUGCUGGAGGAGGAAUGGAUCCUUUUGCAGCUAAAAGAGUGAGCGACAUUUUACAAAAUUCAAACAAGCUGUCAAAACUGCAACCACGAAAAGCUGUUGCCAAUGGAAUGGAAAAUCGGCAAACACAAGAACCUCAGAAAAGUUCUCGAAUAUUUAAACCUCAGAAUCAUCGAUCUGGGGAAAAGGCUCCUCAUUCUGAUUUUGAUGUUGCACGAUCUGAGGAAAACUCAUUUUCAUCGUGUGACAACUCGGAAUUUGAAAUUGGACCUCCUCCAAAGAAUAAGGUCAUCAUGAGUGGUCUUCCACCUCCAUUUAAAUCUUUCAAUGAUUCUUCCAUGACGGGAGAGUCUGACUCGUUCUAA